UGUUUGACGGAUUUUAAAAGUUGUUGGUUGUUGUAAUGGAAAAUGGCGUUUGUGUCGCGUGAAGUAUUGUAAAUAUUUGUUUUAUGUAAUUGUUGGAAACAUCUAAGAAUUGUGAAUGAAAUAUUUUAUUAUAAUUAACCUUAAAGAAAUUAAAACUUGAACUAAUGGUAAUGAGUCUGUUGACCGAUGUCUGCCGUGGCUCCAACUAUCCCCGGGGCUGACCCAGCAAAGGAUUUACAAAAACGCCGUGCUGGCAGUGUUGGAUCAGAUGAAGACGACGGAAGUGGUGGAAAAUACACAAGGAUGGAGGAGGACAAUAUUCAAGACAAGGAGCGUUUUGCAAGUCGUGAAAAUCAUUGCGAGAUUGAACGUCGCAGGAGGAACAAGAUGACGGCGUAUAUCACGGAACUAUCUGAUAUGGUUCCAACAUGCUCCGCACUCGCCCGGAAGCCAGACAAGCUAACCAUACUGCGUAUGGCAGUAGCUCACAUGAAAGCAUUAAGAGGCACUGGCAAUACUUCUACAGAUGGAACAUAUAAACCAUCGUUUUUAACUGAUCAAGAAUUGAAACAUUUAAUUUUAGAAGCCGCAGAUGGUUUCUUGUUUGUAGUAAGCUGCGAUACUGGUCGCAUUAUUUACGUUAGCGACAGUAUAGCACCAGUUCUAAAUUAUUCACAGGGUGAAUGGUACUCGUCGUGUUUAUACGACCAAGUGCAUCCGGAUGACGUCGAAAAAGUACGAGAGCAGUUAAGUACACAAGAACCUCAGAAUACGGGUCGUAUACUAGACUUGAAGACUGGAACCGUGAAAAAAGAAGGCCACCAAUCUUCAAUGCGGCAAGUAAUGGGUUCACGUCGUGGAUUCAUCUGUCGGAUGCGAGUCGGCGGCACCGCGGAGGGGGCGCACCUCGGCCGGCUGCGAGCGCGCAACUCGCUCGGCGCAUCGCACGACGGUCACAACUACGCUGUCGUGCAUUGUACAGGAUAUAUUAAAAACUGGCCUCCGACAGAUCUGUUUCCAGGUAUGCAAAUGGACAGGCCAGUUGAAGAUGAACUCCAUUCGUCACAUUGUUGUCUUGUAGCUAUUGGACGAUUACAGGUAACUUCGACCCCAAAUAAUUCAGAAAACAGUUUAUGCAAUGGUGGAGUUGAAUUCGUUUCCCGUCAUUCUGUUGACGGCCGCUUCACAUUCGCCGAUCAGCGCGCAACUCAAGUAAUAGGAUAUGCCCCUGCCGAUCUUUUAGGAAAAUUGUGUUACGAAUUCUAUCAUCCCGAGGACCAACAACACAUGAGAGACAACUUCGAUCAAGUAUUGAAACUAAAAGGCCAAAUAAUAUCGUUGAUGUACCGGUUUCGAACGAAGAGCAGAGAAUGGGUUUGGCUGAGGACAUCAGCGUUCGCUUUCUUAAAUCCUUACAACGACGAUGUCGAAUAUAUAGUAUGCACCAAUACUUUAGCAAAUCGGUCGCUGGCGAGUUCAGGCGGUGAGGCAACCCCGGAGGAGGGGUAUGACUAUCACCUGCGGCACCGUGACGUGUACCCCGCCGCGCCACCCGCUCCCCCUGCACCCCACGCGCCCGCUGCGCCAUCCGCGCUGCACCAGCAUCACCACGCGCCCGCCGCAGAAGUAAGUGGAGUGUAUGUGUCAGGCGGGGGAGGGGGUGGGGGCUCGGGCGCGCGCUCCCCCGCGGACACCGGCGCAUACCCGGCACACUACGCGCCCAACUACUCGCCGCACCGACCCGCCAACACGCCCCCGCACACCACUUGGACCACACUCCGACCGAGCGGCGGUGGCGGCGGCGGUGAGAGCUACGCCUACAGCGGCGAGACCACUGCCGGUGCGCCGCCUGACACCAGUCCAGGACGUUCGCCUCCUGCACCUCCCUAUUUACCACCCGCACAUUACCACCACAACCAUCAUCCUCAUCCCACGCAUGGAAUGUGGACAUGGCAAGGCGGAGCGGCGGGGGGCGGGGCAGCGGCACCCGAAGGUACGCACGCGCCGCACGAACUCUCGGACAUGUUACAGAUCCUCGACCAAAGCGGGACUGCAACCUUUGAAGACCUCAACAUAAACAUGUUUAAUUCGAACUUUGAGUAAUUUGCUCUCCAAUGCGUUGUGGUAAUUUCAAACGACAUUUCGAAGAAUUGUUCGGCCAUGCCGUCAGUUGAACCGCAAUAGGCCGAGGAAGCCACCGAUGGGAGAUCUAAAAGACGGAGAGAAAUUAAUAUUAAAUUUUAUUUUCAAUUGCAUUAGAAUAUUAGUCCUAUGAGACUGGUUGCACUAGACUGCAAUCUACACGUACCCGGGCGUUUUGCAACACUGACUCUUGCAUGCCAGUUAUUUUGAGAUUUAAUUUGGUUAUGUUCUACUGAAAUAAAAUGUAACAUUCCAAUAUGGCUUGAGUGUUCCCCAAUAAUGAUAAGAAGGGCGUUGAUCACGAAAAUGAGCAUUAAUUUUUUUUCAAUGCCAAAUAUGCUUGGAAAAAUAUUUUUGUUAACGAAUGGCUUUUUUUUUUUCUUCUAGAUUAACUGCAACUUUUCAUGUGUAUUGAACACCUCAUAUUAAAACUUAGUUUACUUUUUACCAAAUGCGUUAAAUUCUUUAUAGUAUAGAUUCUUAAAUGAUGAAUGUAUAAAACUUAAUAAUAAUUUGUGCAAUGAAUGCUCACCUUUAUGAAAAUUUUAAUGCAACUAUUUUAAGUAUUCUGUCCUUUACUUUUACAAUUUUUCCUAGGUACACAUAGGAUAUCCUGGCCAGAGCCUUAAUAAGUGUCCUUAUAAUGGAAAAAAAAACAAGGACUUAAUCCUGAUUAAAACUAUAGGUUUGAAGGAAACAAAAGAAAAAAGUAUUAUCUCUAAAAAUAGUUUUUAAUGAAUGUGUACCAAUUAACAUUUGGCUUCAUUGCAGUGCAAAGUAGUUAAGCCGCGCUGUGCGAGUUUUUUUUAUUGAAUAUUAUGGGGCCAUAUAUUUUUCUCCAAUAUGUCAGUUUAUUAAUGAUUUUGAUGCAGAUUACGAUGCCGAUCAAAUUUUUUGUCUUAGUAUAAUACUAAUAAAUUUGAAUAGGGUAAACCAUACUAAUUAUUGGCCAAGCAUAUGGUUUGGUAAGUGUUUUCCCAAUGUACGAAUGUAUUGCGAUGUAGUCCAUCGAAAUGAUAAAAGUAGGAAAUUAUUGUUUGUUGUGAAAUUUUCUAUUAUAUUCAACCAAGAUUUAACGUAUGCUUGUGCCAGUUAUCGUAUCGCUUACCCUAUAAAAUUUUAUCAAUGGUUUCUAUAGAGAUGGUGGUGUAGAGGUGAAACAUAAGUCUUGGAAGAAGACACUAAUAAAUUCAAGUAUAUUAUGUAGACUGAAAGUAAUCUAGUUAUUAUUAUUUUUUGUUGCUGUUUAAGGCUUUGUCUAAUAAAAAAUGAGAAAAGCGUAUUUCAGAUUUCUGAGAUCUACUUUACGAAUCAAACAUAUCUAAGUGCAAACAAAUACUUUAGCUAGAAAAGUGUAGUUAGGAAGAGAAUUGAUAAUAUGAACCAAAUAAAAUUUCGAAGUUUUUGAUAAUUUAAAAAGCAAAUGUUACACUGUACAAUAAAUAGAGGCAUCAGAGUCCAAAUAUUUUAUUAAUUUCAGAACUAUAACUUUUUUAAGAAUGACGUUCAUACCCCCAACAAGACUUAACCAUAUUUUUGAAUUUAUUUGUACUUAAAUUUAGUAAUAAAAUAAAUAAAUUAAAAUCAAUACCAUUCCAGGUGCACUGUCAAAUAUAUUAUUAUGCGAUUUUCAACAAUACGGACCGUUAAGCAUGUGUUAAAUUUAUUUCCAAUCGCGAUUAGACCGCAUCUGAAUUGAUAAAUUAUUAAAACACCUGCUACAGUUGACCACAUCAAGUGGUUUUCGGACAGGAAGCAAAGUUAAUAGACAUAAUAAACAAUGACUACAUUUAAUCCAUAAAAAAAUUGCUCUUGUAUCUAUUGUUUAGCCUACAUGAAAGAAAAAAUACUUUGCUUCCUAAUAAUCUAACACUACUGUUUUUUGUGCUAGAGCCUGAGCUUCCUUUUAGAUGUAAGUAUUAAAAGUGAUAGCUGUUACUGAGUUAGAUUAAGGUUGUACCUUCUUAAGAAUAUUUGGCACGGUGAUGAUUCUGGUCGGGAUAUUAAUGAAAAUGUGUCUAAACAGUACAUACAGGAAAUAACUUAUUUAUUAUUUUGCAUUAGAAACAUGAAUAUAUCUGGAACGAACCUGUUGGUGUGAAUAUAAUUUGCGAUUUUUAUUUCAUUGAACCUUUCGUUUCUGUUUUUAAUUUCUUAAUAUACAUAACUGUCCUUAUAAAUAGUGUACUCAGUUGAAGUUGUUAAGAAUUUAAUUUUAGUUCAUAUUAUUUUACAAAACAGUAAAAAAUUGAAUGAUCAAUGUUUUACGAUUAGGAGAUAAGUUACAAAUAAUACUUGUAUUUUAUUUUAAUGAAAUUGGUUGGUUAGAUAUUUUAUUAAAUGAAUUUUGUAAAAUGAAUUUUUCAUUAAACAUAAAA